AUGGCGGCGAAGCUGGACUUUAAAAUCGCCUUACCGGGCGAGAUACGGCUUCUCACGAAGACCGCGGAGACGUGUGCCAGUUACAGCGACUUCGGCGCGACAACGGGAGACGCGGGAGACGUUGAAGUUCCCGGCCACAAGUGUGCCGACAAUCAGAUGCUUUCGAGGCGCUCGAAGGUACGCAGGCAGCAGCUGGCCCAGGUCGAGAGCUUUUUGCGGACCAACGGCUACUGCGACCUGCGAACAAUGCGAGCCAAACCAGGCUGGUUGCCCUUCCGCGAGAAGCUGAGUCCCCUACACCUCGCAGUUCUGAAGGGCAAGGUAGACAUGGUCAGGCUGCUCUUGGCUUCAGGCGCGGAUCCGAAUCAGCGCACGUCGCGUGGCCGGACGGCUUUGCGGCUUGCGGAAUGCCUCCGGCACCCACUGCGCGAGGCGAUGAAAGAAGUUCUGAGCUGCCAGGGCAGGGUACUCAACGUGCGCCAAGCGUUGGGUGUGAUGCUCACAGCCGAUGAUGGCUGGGCUCCAGAGCACCACGAGGGGACUCUGUGGCUGGAAACGGUUGCGCUUCACUUGGCAGAUCCGAAUUCCAAGCCGGAAGGGCAUUGGUUGAUGAACUCACCAAUCAAUUUUGAGUAUGCUGGCGUCCAAUACGUACCGGCAUACUUUCUGGGCCAUCCGUUGUGCAGUCGCACAACCGGCAAGGCAGAUGCAGCCGUCGAUGCGCCACCAACGAAGACCUACGGCAAGAUCACUUUCGUGGAUCUGGCUGGCAGCGAGAGGCUGAAGGAGAGCUUGUCGGAGGGCAACGCUCGCAAGGAGACGCAGGCGCGCGCCGGAGUUUCUGUUUCUUUCCGUGGCCGAGCGCCUGCAGUCCGCAGCGUAGCUCUGCAUGAUGGCAAUGUGCUUUACGAUGCUUCUGCAGCCGACGGUCGCAAAGAGUUCCGGAAGCUGGCGAGCAAAAAUGAAGGCGGCUUGGUGUUGAGGGGCUUGACAGAGCCCUGGCUUGCGCCUGCGAGCUGGUCCAAAGAUCGAAUCCUCGAACGUUUCGGACGGCACUUCAUCCAGACAGGCACCGGGCGCUGGGAUCGGCCAGAAGCCACACCAGAAGUUUUUCUUGAGGAUUUCUUUCUCUCCGUGAACCAGACGGGCAAGAACUUGGUUGCCAAAGGCUACUCCCAUCGCUUGGUAUCGGAAGCCUUCUGGGGGCCCGAGGGACGCUGUUCUCCAUCGACGGUGGCCAGCUGGCAUUGCCAAGACAACAUCUCCAAGGAGAUGAGUCCCCGGAUCCUGGCAGAUUUCGACCUGAGGCCCACGGUGCAGAUCGGAAUGGCGGAAGCCUCUGGGACGCAGCUUCACUUCCACGAGGAAACCUGGCUCGCCAUUCUGCACGGGCGCAAGGCAUGGUGGAUCGCCCCUGCAGAUCCUUCGGAUGAGAUUGACCGCGAGGAACGUGCCAACACACAGCACCCCUGCCAGUGGCUCGAGGAGCCUCCUCCAGCCGGUCUACGGUUCUGCAUACAGCAGCCGGGGCUACACGCCACCUGCAACCUGGAUUCUUUCGUCUUCGGCAUCGGUGCACAGGGGCGUCUCCCAAAGAUGAGCCCACUGGAGCGCGCGGUGCAUCGUGGGCAGACAGACCUGGCAAGGGAGCUCCUGGCAAAGCAGAAGUGGAAGGUUUCGGCUGCGCAGCUUCACCGGGGGCUGAGCCAUGCGACCGAGUACGGCUACACAUCUAUGGUGGCGCUCCUUGCUGAUUUGCGAGCAGAUCUGCAAGGACCUCUGGAGGAGGGCAAGCCACCCCUGCACACAGCGGCAGAGAAUGGCCAGCUGGAGGUCGCGCAGAUGCUGCUCGAGCGCAGGGCAGACAUUCGUGGGAGAGACGCGACUGGCAAGCAGCCGUUGCACCAUGCAGCUUACAAUGAUGCAGGGCCGGUGGUUGAUCUGCUGAUUCAGAAGCGCGCUUCUUUAAAGACGCUGGACGAGAGGGGCCUGGCCCCCUUCGGCUCCGCUGCAGACGGGGGCUACCCGACCCUGCUGGAAGCCUUGCUGAAGCACCAUUCGCCAAAGUCAGCGAAAGGCUAUGAGAGCGCUGCCAUCCAUGCAGCCAGCAAAGGGCACCUGCCGGUGUUGAAGAAGCUCGCCGAGUGGCGGGCAGAUUUGGCCCGUUCUGAUGCUCAGGGAAGACGACUCGCAGACCACGCGGAGUUCUACCAGCACGCAUCGGUCACCCGUUACCUGCGAAACUGGGAGGACCCAUCGAAGGCCCGGAAGACUGGCAAAGGUGGGCAGACAGCACAGCGGACUGAGCUUUGA